GCGGGGUGCGGGCCGGCUCGGGCGCGGAGGAUGAAGUGGAGCGUCCGCGGGGCCUGCGCCGCGCUCUCCUCCUGCCUCCUGCUCGCCUGCGCGCUCAGUGCCGCCGCCGUCGGCCUCAAGUGCUUCUCGCUGGGCUCGGAGCUGCGCGGGGAGCCGUUCCGGCUGGGGGCGGCCGCCGGCGCCUUCUACUCGGGGCUGCUGCUGGCCGCCGGCCUCUCGCUGCUCGGCGCCGCCCUGCUCUGCUGCGGGCCCCGGGACGCUCCCCUCGCGGGGCCGGGGCCGGGCCCGGGGCUCGGGGUCCCCGCGGCCCCAGCGGGGGCUCCGGAGGCUGCGCCGGGCGAGCCGGGGAGCGCAGCCGGGCCCUCGGGGCGGGUGAACAGCCAGAACCUGCUCCUGCUCGGCGUUCUCGUCUUCAUGCUCGGGGUCCUCAGCGCCUUCGCGGGCGCCGUGAUCGACGGCGACACCGUGUCCCUAGUGGAACGCAAGUACUCCCACUACUGCCUGCCCCCGCGCGCGCCGGCCGCGGCCCCUGGCCCGGCCCCGGGCACUGCGGCCGCGGCCCCCGGCGCCCCGCGCGCCCGUAGCACCCUGGACAGCGCCACGUCCGCCAAGUGCCGCCAGCUGAAGGACUACCAGCGCGGCCUGGUGCUUUCCACCGUCUUCAACUCGCUCGAGUGCCUCCUGGGCCUGCUCAGCCUCCUGCUGGUCAAGAACUACAAGUCCUCGCAGGCCCGGCGCGGCCGGCGCGGCCGGCGGAAGGGAGGCCGGGCCCUGGCGCGGCCCCGCGGCGGCCCGGGGUUCCGUGCGCAGCCGCCAGGCUCCCGGGCGCGGCGGGGCCGACGGGGCCGGCGGGGGCGGAGGCUGCAGCAGCGGCCGAGCGAGGCUUCCAUCCUGUCCCCGGAGGAGUCGGACUUCGCCGCCCCUGGGGACUGCGCGGGCUUCGCGGCGCGCCACGCGGUCUCCUACAUCAACGUGGGCGUCUUCCACGCGUUUGACGAGGCGGGCGUGGAGGUGUGCUGCGGGGGGCACCCGUCUGUGGAGCUGCCGGGGUACGCGCCCUCGGACCCCGACCUCAACGCCUCCUACCCCUACUGCUGCCGGCCGCCCUGCGAGGCGGCGCGCCCCUGGGAGCCGAGCCGGGCCUGCUGAGCCCCCGGGCCGAUCCGGAUGUACUGCGGCCGCCUCCCUACCCGCCACCGCAGCGAGGGAGGUCGGGGGCUGGCGGGGCGCAGAGCCAGGCCUCUCCGUGGCGACGCAUCUUCAGGGGCGGUCUGGCCCAGCGCCUCUGGGGGCCACCCGCCACGAGACUGGUCCUCCAGUAUGAUUAUUUAUGUGUCUGGGAGGUUUCUCUUGUUUUCUGUGUCUGUUCGUAUCCGGACUCCAUUUUAAAGUUUACAAUAAAUGUUUUGGGGUUGGCUCGCCCCACCGCACUUCUCUUUGGCAAGUCCGUUCCCUGGGCGCCCUCCGAGACCGGAGUGAGAGCUCACCCAGCGAGGGUGAUUUCGCGGCGGGAAGAACGCUCGCUGAGAGGGCAGAAAGACAGAGCAGCUGGUCCUUUAGGAAUGGAAGACGUGAAGAAGCACCCAACAGCAACACUUUGUACACGGAUGUGCCUG